AUGGGGACGCCCAGGCCCCUGGAGGUCUGGCUCCUUCUGCUCCUCCUGCUCCUCACGCCCCUGGCCUCAGGUGGGGAAAACAUCACAAGCCAACCUGUGUCAAAAAAAUUCACCGAGGAACCAAGGAACGUCUGCCUGGGGCUCAUCAAUAAGGGCCAUUACGGCCCCUUCUAUCUUGAGAACACUGCCCAGUGCUUCAGAACGUGUGAACAGUUGAGCAAUGAAUCCUGUAAUCUGGGAAAUUUGCAGAGAUAUUGGCUGGACUACGAGAACUAUCUGGUGGAGCAGAGUCUAGAGAAUGCAAUGAAUUUGUCUUUUCUGAAGGCUUUGGUCAAGAACGUCAGCACCAACAUCUCAGAAGACCUGCACUUCUCUCUGACCCCUUCUCAGAUUCUGGGGCAGGCGCCGGAGGACAAGAACAAGUUCCCUGACAGAGUCCGGCUGCCCAGGAGCCUGUUUGCGUCCCUGCAGGGCAGCAGGUCGGAGGUCCGCUUGGCCGUAUCUGUCCUGGACAUCGGGUCGGGGAAUCUCUUCAAGGGCCACAGACUCAGCCGGGAGAACAAUGGCAGCGUGUUGAACAAUCGCCUGGUGGGCUUGAGUUUGGGCCGCAUGCACGUCACGGGGCUGAGAGAGCCUUUAGAGAUCACCUUCUCCCACCAGCGACAGCCUCCUAACAUGACCCUCACCUGUGUAUUCUGGGAUGUGGCUAAAGGUACAACAGGAGACUGGUCUUCCGAGGGCUGCUCCACAGAGCUCGGAGCCGAGGGGACUGUCUGCCGCUGUGACCACCUGACCUUCUUUGCCCUGCUGCUGAGGCCGACCUUGGACAAGGCCACCGUGCAGGCCCUCACAAAAAUUUCCCAGGCUGGCUGUGGAGCCUCCAUGGUUUUCCUGGCUUUCACCAUCAUCCUCUACACUGUCCUGAGGCUCUCCCAGAAGAGGUUCGAGUCGGAAGAUGCUCCCAAGAUUCACGUGGCUUUGUGUGUGAGCUUGUUCCUCCUGAACCUAACCUUCUUCAUCAAUCUGGGGCACAGCUCAAAGGAGUCCCUUGCCACCUGCUGGGCCCAGGGGGCCCUCUUCCACUACAUCUUGCUCUGUGUCUUCACCUGGAUGGGCCUAGAAUCCUUCCACCUCUACCUGCUCGUCAUCAGGGUCUAUAACACCUACUUCGGGCACUACUUCCUGAAGCUGAGCCUGGUGGGCUGGGGCCUGCCAGCCCUGAUGGUCAUCGGCACUGGGACUGCCAACAGCUAUGGCCUCUACACCAUCCAAGACCAGGAGGGCAGGACCACACUGGAGCUGUGCUGGUUCAGUAAGAAAAUUGCCCUCUACAUCGUCGUCCAUGGCUACUUCCUCGUCACCUACCUUUUCAGCGCUGUGGCCCUGGGCCUCGUGGUCUGGAAGAUCUUCACUCUGUCAAGCGCCACAGCAGGCAAGGAGAAGCGGCAGAAAUGGAAGGGGGUCCUCACCUUGCUGGGCCUGUCAAGCCUGGUGGGCAUGACAUGGGGGCUGGCCAUCCUCACACCCCUGGGCCUGUCUACCAUCUAUAUCUUUGCGCUGUUCAACUCCUUACAAGGCGUCUUCAUCUUCUGCUGGUUCAUCAUGCUCUACUUCCCAAUCCAGAGCACCGUGGCCUCUUCCGGGAUGGCCCAAGCUGAGCAGACCCACACUGUGUCACACGAAUAG